CUUGCCUAUGUUCCUUUCCCUUUGAUGUCCAAACUAGUUCCCUUGAAGAAAAAUAAACAGAAAAAAAUGGGGUGUUUCAGGUCCAAGAGUUCCACAACUUGGCAUCCCAUGCAACCCCCCACGACUGAACCUUCUCCUUCGUACCCAGAUAACGAAAACCUCAAACAAGAGCUUCUCAUACACAUCCCGGGAUGCACGGUUCACCUAAUGGAUGAAGGUGAAGCCAUGGUACUCACCAAUGGCGAGUUCAAACUCGUUCGUGUACUAAACGACGACGUUCCACUUGCCACCAUCGUCAAAGUCGGGGAGGAUCUUCAAUGGCCUUUGACGAAAGACGAGCCCGUCGUCAAACUCGGUUCGUUUCACUACCUGUUUUCGUUGCCGAUGAAAGACGGGAAUCCUCUGAGCUAUGGGGUGAGCUUUACGGGGAGGUUCGACGGCCGGUCGAGCUCGUUGGAUUCGUUGUUGAAGGAGCAUUCGUGCUUUUCCGGUGAAACGUCGACCGGAGAAAAACAUGUUGAUUGGAAGGAGUAUGCUCCGAGGGUUGAGGAUUAUAACAAUGUUUUGGCGAAGGCCAUUGCUGGUGGGAGUGGACAGAUUGUGAAGGGAAUAUUCAAGUGCAGCAAUAGUUAUACCAACCAGCAGGUUAAGAGAGGAGGAGAAACCAUAUUAAUGCAAGCUCCACCAGCAAGCAAAAAUGGUUGCAAAAGGAAGAGUAAUGGAGCUAGCAAAAGCCUCAAACGUGUGAGAAAGCUGUCGAAAAUGACUGAAAAGAUGAGCAAAGCGAUGGUGGGGAUGGUUGGUGGGGCUAGUGGAACAGUGAUGGCUCCAUUAGUCAAUUCCAAACCAGGCAAAGCUUUCUUAUCCAUGGUUCCUGGACAAGUUCUUCUUGCUUCUCUUGAUGCUGUUAAUAAGGUUAUUGAUGCAGCUGAAGCUGCUGAGAAGCAAGCUUUUUCUGCAACGUCAUCUGCAGCAACCAGAAUGAUGACGGAUAGGUUCGGGGAAAGGGCUGGGGAGGCUACUGAAGAUGUGCUAGCAAGUGCAGGGCAUUGCGCAAGCGCUGUUUGGAAUAUUUUCAAGAUAAGGAAGGCCAUGGCUCCUACCAAAACUGCUACUUCUGGAAGGAAACGUUAGUGCACUCUUUGUA